CAUUGAUUGAGCCUUGAGCUUGAGCUUGACCUCAGGCCUCAGGGCUUAGCUGAUUCGCGAGUCCAGUGACGAGGCAUUGCACAAGGUCACCAAGUCUUCGAAGGACGAGUCCAAGCAGGACAUUGCCAGUCUCCAUACAUGACGAGCAGCCGUGUAGCCAUGAGAGACGAGCGGAACUGGCCAAGUCAGGCUGUUUUAUCACCGAACGUCGGAUCGAGAAAUGCCGAUGCAACCACGCAUCCGAGCGCUCUCGUCGACCCGCAUGAAGAUCUUGCAUCACGCAGCGCUGCAUCCUUGCUAUCCACGACCAUCCAUACCCUUCCCCCAGAAAUACUUUCCGAGAUCUUUUUUCAAUCUACUUUGAAGUAUCCUGCAUCUUCGCGCAACUUAGGGACGCCUGCCAUCGCUCGCGUUUGUCAGGAAUGGCGUGCGGUUGCGUUCGGUCAUCCCCGACUAUGGACUACCGUGAACAUUCACGCGUCCCACAUCUCUUCGCAUGAUGAUGUCGAGGCCUAUCUCGCUCGCUCCUGCCAGGCUCCUCUGUCUGUCUACGCGGAGGCGCAAAUCGACGUUUCCUACCUCAACGCCGUCCCUGAAGCCGUCGCUGCGACCCGGCAGGUAGCAGAGGUCCUCUACCGUGUCGCUGCCCUGUCUGCCUAUAGAUGGGAGAUGCUCUCGGUGAUUGGUGACUGCAUUCUUUUCUCUCGGCAAGCAGAACUUCAGACGCCGCUACUCGAACGCGUCGUACUCAUGGUCACGACAUGGCUCGAACAGCACGAAGGUCCGCUGCCUCUCGCCUUCGUGCAGAACGCGUCUCGCGUCAGGGAAGCCACCAUCACCGUUGGGUAUGGCCAACCUCCUAUAAUGCUGCCCGCCUGGAGUCAGCAGCUUACCACUGUGAUCUACAUUCUAUACUACGGCGAGGCCCACGAGUUCGACACCAUCGUCCGCCACCUUUCUGCGCAGCCGGAUUUGAGAAGGCUUGAAUUACUCGACGGUUUUGGCGACCACGCUUUCAUUUUUUCGGUCAACGUCAAUCUUGGCCCGUCCGUGUUCCACCUGCCUAAGCUCAUAGAAAUGGCAGUUUCAGGCUUGGGGCAUCUCUUCCUCCCUAAGAUAGAUGCACCCAUCCUGCAGAAGCUGAAAGUCACCGGUGGCAUCGAUGAAGACGAAGAGAGGACGGGGUCCGUGUCCAUCACUUCUCUCACUCGCGUGCUGGCGCGUGCCUCGAUGCGCUCGCUGCGCACUCUCGAACUCAUAGAUUUCGAUAUAGACGAAUAUCUCCCUCUGGACGACCUGUAUCGAUGCCUCGAGGGCCUUCCGGCGCUCGCCACGUUGCGUAUCGAGAAUGGGAAGGAGGAACAUAGGCUCUGUCCCUUCCUGCGCCCUGAACUGCUCGCCUGGCUUGCGCGAGACGAGUCGGCGCCUGCGCGUCUGCCGGCGCUUACACGCUUGACGCUGCGUUUUGACGGCUGGAGCUGUGAUGGGCGCGAGGAUUUGUUGCGGCAGAUCAUGGUGUCGAGGGCUACGAGUGGCACGGCGCACGGUAUCCCGUUCAAAACGCUGGCCCGUCUUGUGUGCGAUCUAGGCCAUGAGUAUCAGUUGCCGUAGGCUCCGUACGACAUCCCAUUGUACAUCUCGAAGCCAUCGUUGUACUCAGAUCAAUUUUGCCCUGCGUCGUUGAGGCAGCGCGCGCGGCGUGGGCCUGUACUGGC